AUGGGGGAUCAAGGAACUGGUGGAAUUGAGAGUAGGGGCGUUGAGAGCAACACAACAAGACGCAUGUCCGAACCACGACCAAAAUCCCACGACGAUCAGAUUCAGCAACAAUCAACCGAGACAAAGGCACCCUCUACAGAGAGUGAAGAGCAAAAAUACGCUCAAUCUGGUCCUAGGCAUUUAAUUCCCGUACAUCCAAGCAAUGCGGCAAAUGGCGGAUUAUCACGAAAUCCAUCUACAAGUUCCAGUGCUUCCAGAGACUCGCGGAUGUUUGAACACCCGCAGAGAUCUCAAAUACCAAAACCACUGGAACCACCGGUGACAAAGGCAACUUUGAGCGAGUUGGAUGUAAAUAAGAUUAUCCACAACCCAAAGCUGCGGCACGAUAUAAACUUCGAUCCAGACCUUCACUUCAGACCAAAUGUUGACGGAGAGAAGGGAAGGAGAAAACAGGAGAAGGCAAACCAGUUUUGGAAUACGCUUACGGAACAAUUACAAUUAUUCGUCAUCAACCGAGAUGAGUUCAUGAACAGAUUUGGUCAGGGUGAAGACUGGUGUCUCCCUCAACUACUAAAAUCGGUGAAGGAAAUCAUACAAACCUUAGUUCCACAGAGAGAUCGUAUGUAUUUGGAUGAGGGUCUAAAUGUCGAGCUGAUUAUGCAGCAAUUCAGCAAGGGGAUAGCAGAUCUAGAAAAGUUGGCCUCGUGGUUGUCGGGCGUUCUCAAAUCUCAUUGUGCCCCUAUGAGGGACGAAUGGGUUGAUGAAAUGUACAACCAACUGACAAAUGGCAACAAAACCAACGAUAUGGAGGAGCUAGUCCAGGGGAUGCGCAGCCUUCUAAGUGUUCUUGAGGCCAUGAAGCUCGAUGUCGCCAAUCACCAGAUCAGAUGCCUCCGACCGAUUCUCAUUGAGGAUACAGUGCACUUCGAGCAACGAUUUUUCCUGAAGAAAAUACGAGACCGCAGAAUGGAUCCUGGUCCAGCUCAAUCAUGGUAUUUGACAGUGAGUCAAUACUAUUCUAGAGAUCCGGCUUCAGUUCAGGCUUUUGGAGAGAUGGGUGUAUUUUUCGAGGCGCUGUGCAAAAUGGUACUUCCGUCGACCGAUCCUUAUUCGCACCCGGACACUUUCAUGUUCGAUGAAGAGCGAAUGGCCAAACUCCGAUCUGAUAUGCUUGAUGCUGUCAACUUGGAAAUCUGCAUGCGCCUGUAUGAAGGAUUAGAGAGGAAGUACAGACAUUGUGACUCGAUGUCUAGCGUGGGCGCUAUUCCCACUCCUUUCCUGGCUACACCCUUUUCGGAUGCUUCCGGUUUCCUUAGCUCGAGAACAGACGACGAAGGCAGCGAGGGCCACUUCAAUUCUAGGCCGUCUAGUCUAGUCUUCAGCUCCGCCGGUUCGGCCCACUCUUCCCCUCGCAACUCCUUCAUUCUACCCUCUCAACCAACUUCCACUCGCUUAGAGGAUCAGCAAACUAAAUCGAAAAACCUAUACAAUUCACUCGUUGCCCUACUCCAGACCUCCACUGCUAGCUCUCGAUCUGUUUCUCGGUGGAAGGCGAUGAAGGACUCGUUAGCUCUACAAAUCUUCCGAUUCACCAAUGCGCCAGCUCAAGAACUACUACAAUUUGAGGACGAGCUUGACAGUCAUCUUUCCGAGCUUUCAUCUCCACUUUUCCAGCAAGUCGAACAAUACUAUCACUACCACCUACUUGCGGAACUACGACAACGCGUCAAGGACUUCAGGGGGUUAACUGGUGCCGCCUUAUUCUCGGUUGCUACUGGUGGCCGUCUACAUGGCCCCAGCCGUACUUGGGAUGGCCCCCGUGAAAAUGUGAGCCUAGAGCGUACCUCACUAGAAAACGCCAUCCGGGAAGCUCGCGAAGAGGGUGGCGUUGAGGAUAUGGCUACACGCCUAGCCCAUAUGGGUCUGCUUCAUUGGCGAGUUUGGUCUCAUCUGGUCUAUGCUGGAGAUCUCGAUACAGUCAUGGCGGUGCCUGAUAUGUCGAUGGCGAUCUAG